AUGGACGGCCAUGCGAAAACAGGCUCCGCGGCUUAUUGUUGCGUGCCGCUUUGUAGCGAGGACAGUCGUCGGGGUACAGCAACAUCCUUCCACUCUUUUCCAAAGGAUCCAUCUGCACGGAAAGAGUGGAUUAUUAAAAUACGGCGAGACGAAGGUCCUGACUUCCAUAUAUCCAAGUCCACAUAUGUGUGCUCAAAACAUUUUAAGGAAGAUGAUAUUGUUAAAACAUUGACAGGACUAAGAAAAUUGAAGAAAGGCACAGUACCAAGUAUAUUUCCAUGGACCAAGAUUGCACCAAGCCGUAAACCACCCAAGAAGAGAGAGGGACCUCCUCAAGAAGAAACAUCAGUUAUUAAGAAGCAGAAAACAUCAUCGUCGAUCUCGUUAGACACAGACCAACAUUCAUCAACUGCAUCAUGUGCCAUUGACACACCAACAGAUAUGCCAUCUGAAGAGCAUGACUAUUGUCGCCAAGCACCAUCUCUUGAAGAAGAUCUUGAGGCAAUGAAGAUACACAUUUCUGAACUAGAAGAAAGGGUACAGCACCUUGAGAAGAAAGUAGAGAAGUUUGGGAUUGAGAGAUUUUCUAAAGAUCCAAAUUUGAUAAAUUUUUACACUGGUUUUUCUACUUACGAUAUUUUUUGUGCUGUAUAUAAUGUUGUUGAGCCAACAGCCUCAAAUAUGAUCAGGUGGUCACAAGUUCAGAGAAAUAAGAACAUUGUUUGUAAUCCUUUUAGAGAAGAGUCUUUGUCAAUUGUAGAUCAAUUUUUUAUGUUUUUAUGUAGAAUUAGACAAGGUUUUUUUGAAGAAGAUUUAGCACAACGUUUUUGUGUGUCUCAAAGCACUGUUAGUCGUAUUAUUAUUACUUGGAGUAAUUACUUGUAUUGUGUUUUGGGAUGUUUACCCAUAUGGCCAGAUUUAGAUAUUGUUAAACAGAAUAUGCCAGAAUGCUUUAAGACUACUUUUCCAAAUACACGAGUUAUUUUGGAUUGUACAGAAAUACGUGUGCAGACUCCAAGUGCCAAAGUACUUAACUCUCAGUCAUAUUCAAAUUACAAGUCUCAUACUACCUUUAAAGGCUUGAUUGGUAUAACCCCUCAUGGUGCUGUAUGUUUUGUUAGCAGAUUAUUUACUGGCAAUAUUUCUGAUAAAGAUGUUACACAAAGAAGUGGUAUACUUGAUCUAUUAGAACAAGGUGAUGAUGUGAUGGUCGACAAAGGUUUUUUAAUCCAAGAUUUACUUGACAGUGUUGGUGCACACUUGAUUAUUCCACCUUUUUUAGGAAGUAAAGUAAAAUUUAGUAAAGAUGAAGUUAGUAAAACUCAGCAAAUAGCAAGACUAAGAAUUCAUGUAGAAAGAGCUAUCAGAAGGUGUAAAGAGUACCAUAUUUUUGAUAAUGUUCUGCCAUUGUCUGUUGCUGGGACUGUAAACCAAAUUUGGUCUGUGUGUUGUUUAUUAACAAAUUUUAAAGAAAAGUUAUUUUGAGAGAUAUUUUCAAUUGUUGAAGAGUGUUGCAUGUAAACUAACAUCAUCUGCAUAUUUGAAUUAUACUAGACAUGUACAAUGGAGAUGGAACUUAUAUCUGUAUAUAUUUAAAACAGAAAUCGUUGCAGGCUUUGGGAUUUUUUUUUUUUUUUUUUUGGUGAAUUUUCAUUGAUAUGUGUUUCAUGUGAGAAAGAUCUUUUUGGGGAAAAAAUUAAUACCAUGACAUUUUUUCCAGGUUUGGGAAAUUUGAAGAUGUAAUACACAUAUUUUAAAAUAGGAUUUAAUUAAUACAAGUAUUUUUAAAUUGCACUAUGUUUGUAAUGCUAUCAUCAGUUCUUUGGUAAUUAACACAAUUGCAAUUGUAUUAAGAUUUACUUUGUAUGGUAUGAUUUUUGUGUUUUUGGAUGAUUGAUUGUAUAGUGAUUGUAUAGGAUGAUUGAUUGAAUAGUGAAUGAACCAGUAUAAUUUUUAACUUCCCUCUUGAGAAUUUUUCACUCAUCAGCUCCUUACUUUGCGACUCUAGAGCAGACGCUCUAACUACUGCCCCAAGCGGGCGACUCUUUUCGGAUGAAAAAGCUCAUUAAUUACAACUUUUUUGAAAAUAACAAGCCUUUGAACAUAUUUGGAUCUACAUUACCUAAAGAUGCUUGCAUAUUAUUUCAUGUAUGACAAAUCCCUCCCCCCUACAUGUGUAUAUUUCAAUGUGCUAUAGAGGAAAAGAUAUUUGAACAAACUUGGAUCUACACUAUAUCUACAUUUGGAUCUACACUAUAUAAGGAAGCUUUUGCCUCUUAUGGCUAUAAAAGUGUUUUUUUUUUUUUUUUAGUAGAAAAGGUUAUGAUGCCAAAAUGUUCAUUGUUUCCCAAUCAUUUUCCCAUUACAUAUUCAUUUAUAUGGAGAAUGGGGUAAUUCAUUUAAAAUAAACAGAUGACAGACUCCCUUUGAUCAGAAAAAGCUUUCUUGACUUUUGGAUUGGCUAAACAAAGAAAGAUUUUGAAACUUUGGCUGACGCAUUAUUAAAAAGUAACAAAUUCAAACAGCAGCAUGAAAUUUGGACUUGAACAUGAACAGGAAGCAGCAGAAGCAUAUGAUGGUAUAACAGAAAACAAUGUCUUAAAGCAGGUUUAGUCAUCAAUCCCUCAUGUUUUUAUCUGGGAACUUCUGACAGGAAAGUCAUAGACCCCAACUUUGUUCCUAUGUAUGGGUUGUUAGAAAUUAUUUGUCCAGGUGCACUUGAUUACAAAUUUUAAAUAUUUAACUCUUGCGAAUGACAGCUAUAAACUAAAAUUCUUCCAUGAAUAUUACCGGUAUUAUCAGAUAAUGGGUCAAAUGGAUUUGACCGGUGCUUUGAGGUGCGAUUUGUUCGUCUGGUGUCGAGAUGACUACCAUCUAGAAAGAAUUAAUUUGUACCUGGAAAGUGGCAGGAAAUGAAAAAAAAAUUUGACAUGUUUUAUUUCCAUUACUAUUUACCAAAAUGUGUUCAAUACUGAAUAUAACAUCAUUUGUUGUCAUUGUAUUUUGAUUGAGAGAUUCCACAAAACUUGACAUGUUUUACUUUCAUUACUAUUUACCAAAAUGUGUUCAAUACUGAAUAUAACAUCAUUUGUUGUCAUUGUAUUUUGAUUGAGACAUUCCAUGUUCUGAUAUGGAAUUGUUUGCUGAA